AUUGGGUCCCACUCAACUUCGGCUCUCUUACUGUUCUUUUUUAAAAAAUAUGGGACCUUAACGUUAGUGUGCUUCGAUCGCUUAAUCGGUUACUUUUCAUAUAAAGUCCCAUUAUGCUAAAGUAUUCAGUGUGCUCUCUUUCACUGCUCUAAAUAUGUAUUAGAAGUCCGCAUAAAUGGCAAAAGUUACAUUCCAGUGAACAAUACUCAAAAUGCGUUGAGUGUAAUUGAAUGCGAAUCCCAAUAAGUUGGAAUGAGUGAGCGCGCUCGCAUAAUACUCGGUCGCACAACAUUCAAGCCAAAACAAAACGAGAUGAUGUUGCGGCUUGCUUUACUGUCGUCUUUCUGCUUUUGUGUUGCUAGGGCUGUGCUAAACGGACAAGAGCUUAAGCGGCUUGCAACCGGGGUUGACGUUUACGGACCACCAACUGGGUCAGCAUUACAAUACAAUGCUUCACCACAGCAUAUACCACAUCGUGAGUAUGGGGUUCCCCAACAAAUUUCCUUCCAAGAGUACGGCCCGCCGGCUUUAAAAUAUGGUCCUCUGAAGCUGAAUAAUUUUGGUGGAAAUUCUGGGAAGUCCACGAAUGGAUUGUAUGAGCAAAUUAAAACACACUUUGGCGUUCCCACACCUUUCUAUGGACCUCCGCAUGUUCAUUAUAAGCUCGCAUCGGAAUAUGGUCGGCCACAAAUAGCAUCACAUUAUGGUCCGCCACAAAAUGUUGUUUCGCAGCAUCCACCACCUUUAAAAAUUCAGAAUCGUCCGGCACCACACUAUGUAUCACCACCACAAAACCCGAAGAUUUUCACACCGCCAGUCUCAUCACAGUUAUUGCCUGUUGCCCAUCCUGGUAAACUUUUUAAGCCCAUCCACCAUCCUGCAACGUCUUACGGCCCACCCGCCUCUGGACCAUUAAAUCUGCCAGCUAGGCCAGAUUACGAAACUCCACCAAACUACGGACCACCUCCACUGCCCGUUAAUUUACCCGGACCUCAGGCUGCAAGUUUCAACCGUGUCCCAGAAACGACUAUUUUAUUAAGUAGUCCGGGUGUGCAGCGGUUACCAAGCGGUCCAGGUGGUAGUCCCUUUAAUCAAGUUCAGAUCCAAAUAGAUGCCUCUGGACACACUCAUAGCGUGACCGGUUCGCAGACACCUUUUCAUACUGCAUGUGAUGGCUGGAAGCCAAUUUCACCGCCUGUUGGAACCUACAUUGAACAAAAUCAUAUUGAAACUCAGGGUGGUUACAGUCAUGUCGACCAGGGCCAAAGCAUUGGUACUCAAUAUAAUGUGGGUGGAGUCAAUAGUGGCACAAUUGUUGACGGCCUUUCUGACGAGCAACUUGUAGCAGUCGCACUACAGAAUGAAGCCAGUAACACAGUCACUGGCGCUGGCAGCGAUGUUCUCUUGAACACCAUUGACUCUGAAGCUUUACAGGUUACAGUUGGCGCAAUCGAUGAUACCUACUCCAAGCCUCCGGAAGAUUCAUUUCAACCUGGCUCUGUUCAUAAUCACAAAUACCAGAAUGUUGGUAGCCACUCUGGGGCAGGUCUGCCACUACUGCAUGAUUCUGGUCCGAAGUAUGGUGCUCCACCGCAACUGCAGCUUGCUGCUCUGACUAGCAGACACGUUCAGCCCCAAGCCAACUCACAUUUACGUUUCAAUUCGAACCUAUCGUAUGGUUCACACUCAGCCAAUACACAGUAUGGGGUUGGGCAUCCUAAGUCACCAGUCGCGUACCGUCCACCCGUGCCAACUGGUUUUAUAGAGUCUAUAGGCGCCACAGUUCAGCAUCUGGAUGAAUUUGGUGUAAAGCCACCACAGCAGACACCAAUAUACAUUCCGCCGGCAGCUCAUGAAAUUGCAUUAAGCGGUUCACCUUCUACAGCACCGGUCAUAUACGGCGCACCCGUUAAUCAACAGGCGCCACCAACGAUUAUUGUGCAACAACUCCCGCAGCUUCAUCAAGGACCUACUUUUUUAAACGGUCCGCCUAGUGUAAAGUCGUUACAGCAUCCUCAUUAUAUUCCCCUACCACAGGAACCGCAAAGCGCAAAUGCGCUGAACCAAUAUUUUCCAGAUAGACCUUCUGCAAAUAUUCAUUUUCCGAGCCAUCAGCCAAUUAACAAUAAUGGUAUCUCCCAACAGAAGCCAUCGUUUGACUAUUCGCAGGCAUUUUCAUUAACGCAGAAAAUUCCACGGCCUAACCAG